GAGGCCACUGCGCAUGCGGGCGUGUCUCCCGGGGACGCUAGAGCUGGCGGGUGCGAGGCCUCUCCGGUAGGUCUGCCGUGCGCGGGGUUCUGCACCUCGGAGCCCAGCUUGCACGUUCCAUCACUGGUGCUUCUCCGCUUGCUCAGGAUACCACCACGUAGGCCUCUGUUGCAGAAAUCGCCAGGCUUCUAAAGGGCCGCAGACUCGGGCCGACCUUGGCGACAGACUUGAGCGUUCCCGGCAGAUCUGAGUGCACGAGUUAGAUGCAGACGUGGGUUUGCAGAAGGUUUCAUUUUGCCCCAGUGUUGCAGCUACUCCUUGGCACCAUUAGCUUCUCAGAACGGUCUUCCCCGGCCUCGACUGAAAGCUGAGGUGCGAAAACUCAGAAAAGCGGUUGUUAUUCUUUCCGGGUGAGGCUUCCACAGAGGAUCAAGAAGAGGGAGCACCCUGAUUCCCCUUGCAACCGGAUAGAGAGAGACCUGUUCCUUUGGGUAGAGAUCGGUCUCUUUGUCUUCCCCCUCACAACCGUGACCUGUUAACGUUCCCAUAUUUGCCACACAAAAAAAUGAGUGACCGCUAUCUAGAGCAAAGGAUGAGUAUAAAAUUUUGCGUGAAAAGGAACAAGUCUGUAAGUGAGACCCACUACCUUUUAAAAGAAGCGUAUGGGACUGAGGUCAUGUCGAGGGCCAGAGUUUAUGACUGGCACAAAAGGUUUAAAGAAGGGCGGGAAGAUGUUCGAGAUAAUGCUCGGAGUGGCCGUCCAGUGACCCACCGGACGGAUGAAAAUAUCCAGAAGGUCAAGGACUUGGUUUAUUCAAACAGGCAGCUAACAGUGAGGAUGAUGGCUGAAAAGUUAAAUUUAGACAAAGAAACUGUUAGACUUAUUCUGAAGGAAAACUUGAACAUGAGAAAAGUUCCUGCCAAAGUUAUAUCAGGUAUUCGGAAGGGUGAACCUAAACCUGGGAAACUUGACUUUCUUUCUGGUCAUUCCAAAGAAAGUAGGAAAAAUGGCUUGUGUCUGAAGAAAGAGGUAGCAAGUUCUGAAACAUGGAGUCACCUCCAGUGCGAAGCUGGUGGGGAAAUGCCGCUGCCUGAACCUCAUCCCAGAACCCACUCUCCUGCCAGCCAGUCCAAGGCCUGCUCUUCAACAAGCCUUCCCCCCAGGGCAGCUCAGGAUUGGUUCACCCUGUGGUGAAAGGACCUCCCCGAGGGAGCUGAACCUGAGCUAGAAAGCUGCCUCACUGUUAGGCACCUUCAUUUACUGCUUCUCUACAUUCAAUCUUGUCUGCCACCCUCCAUGCCAUGGCUCUCCUAGUUACUCUGCUGGACUGUUGGGCCCGCCAUCUUCCUUGCUGUUCUCCACAGCUUUGAAAAAUCUUUAGCUGUUAACUUCUAAUGUUUGCUUGUUCUUUGAUUUCUUUUACUUAACAAGUUUGGAUCUCUUCACUGCCCAGGCCUUAGAUCAUUGUGGCUGUCUUGUUCCUAUGUUCUUAACGGUUCUGCCUCAGGGAGUCACACCAGUGAGAGGUGGGAGCAGAUCUCCUGCUGGAGUCUGUAUCCGCCCAGGGAGGCAUACUCUUCCGGGAGGGACCCCAAGAGAAGGCCUCCAGUUCCAGUCUGCUUCACAGUCAGGGCCAGAGGUAUGGUCCAGAAGGGAAUAUCAUGCUGAUAUAGUGAGCAAUACUAAGGGUCAGUGUGGCCCAAAUGAUUCAUUGUGACCGCCCCCCCCCCCUGCCCAAAUUGGUUGGCCAACCCAUAUUUGUAUUGAUCUACCCCUCACAAAAGAGCUGGGUUUGUUUCAUUUUAGUCCUGUGCUUUCGACCCCCCUCCCCCCCAAUCCCAUCCCUACUCAUUUGGGGUAUCUUCUCUGCUGGAAGAGGAGGAUCUGAUCCCUGAAAAUAUAAACCAAGGGACUCAAACCCAGGCUGUGCUGUGUGGGGAGGGAAACCAGGUGACACCCUAGAUCCUGUAUUAAGGGAGUCUGCUGUCUACGUGCUCAUGUCGAUACCCACACAGCAGCCUGAUUUUAGUGACUAUCACCAACAUUUUGAGCACCUGCAUUUUUAGAACUUUGCUGGACACUGAUAGUGUGACCUUAUGAUACAAAAUCACCAAGUGCUGGGUAGAUUGCAUGGUAGGUGGUUCUUGAGCAGGAUCUAUAAGGAAAGAUAGAGCAAGGGGCUAGGAAGUUAGGGAGAGCUUUCCAGGCAGGUGGAACAGCAUGAGGCUUGGAAGCUACAUUAGUAAGAAAAUGAUGGUACUUUUGGCUGAAAUAGCAAAGUCCAAGGAGGAAGAUAAUGGUAUUGCAGAAGAUUAACAAUUUGGAAUCAUUUUACUUCCUCUCCUCUGCUCCAAACUCUAUGCCAGUCUAUGAAUAGUGGAUAGGUUUAUAAUAACCUACUUACUUCAUUAUAAUAACCUACUUAUUUGAUUAUUAUCUCAUCAACCCCUUCUCCCCAAAGCAAUCUAUAUACUAGUAAGUUCAAACCCCUUAUAUUUUCCUGCCUCUCUGCCAGGACUUAUGGAAUGGAUCUUUUCUCAAGUGGAUUCCAAGUAAUGAAACAUCUCAGCAUGUCUGGUGGAGGUGAAGGAUGGUCGGUAAUCAAUACCCUGUUUCCCCGAAAAUAAGACAGUGUCUUAUAUUAAUUUUUGCUCCCAAAGAUGAGCUAGGUCUUAU